AUGCCUACCUUGGCAGUCAACAACUUUAACAUUGUCUGUGCAUCUUUGGGAGGGUUCAUUACGCUUUUCGGGCUGGUUAGUUAUUUGCUGAAAGAAAAGUAUUACCUGAGCGAAGCUUUAAUAUCACUCAUCGCUGGAGUCGUUUUCUCACCACAUGCCACGAAUUGGAUCAAACCAGAGGAAUAUGCGUUGAAUGAUGUUGAAACUCUUGAUACCAUCACCCUUUACUUUACGCGCCUGGUGCUGGGUGUCCAACUUGUACUUGCGGGUGUGCAACUACCGUCAAAAUACCUAAAGACAGAAUGGAAGAGCCUGUCUUUGCUACUCGGUCCGGGUAUGACGGUCAUGUGGCUCGUGACCAGUCUACUCGUCUUCGCUUUGGUCCCACACAUCAGCUUUCUACAUGCGCUGGCUGUAGGCGCUUGUGUCACACCCACGGACCCUGUCUUGUCGAACUCCAUCGUCAAAGGAAAGUUUGCAGAUAAGAACAUCCCGAAAGAAUUACAGAAGAUCAUCGUAGCUGAAUCCGGGGCGAAUGAUGGACUUGGUUACCCGUUCCUCUUUCUGCCGCUUUACCUCAUCAAGCAUAUUGGUCACGGUGGGCAAGGUUCCGACAACAGUACCAGAGUUGCUGUCGGACUGUGGUUUGGCGAGACGUGGGGAUAUACCAUCAUACUAAGUGUCAUUUAUGGAGCUGCAGUGGGAUGGAUCGCAAAAGAAUUGCUUCAUUGGGCCGAAGAGCGGAAAUACGUCGACCGCGAAAGUUUCUUGGUUUUUGCCAUCACUCUGGCUCUCUUCAUUGUGGGUACAUGCGGUAUGAUCGGUAGCGACGACGUGCUCGCCUGCUUCAUCGCCGGCAAUACGUUUACUUGGGAUGACUGGUUCCGCCUCGAGACGAUGGAUGACUCUUUCCAACCAACCAUCGAUAUGCUGCUCAAUGUCUCUAUAUUCAUCUGGUUCGGCGCCGUUUGCCCUUGGCGCCUCUUUGCGCAUUCUCCAGUCGUCCCCAUCUACCGACUCAUCCCAUUGGGUAUCCUGGUAUUGCUUCUCCGCCGGCCACCCAUCAUCUUCGCUAUGCAUAAACAGAUCCACCAGAUCGAGCAAAGGCGUCAAGCACUCUUUGUAGGCUUCUUCGGUCCGAUUGGUGUGAGCGCCAUCUUCUACCUAUACAUCAGCCUCGAGUUUCUGGCUGAGAUCAAGGUCGACGGUGAAGUCAGAGAAGAUGCAGCAUUUCUGAUGGAAGUCAUGAACGUGGUCAUCUGGUUCCUGGUAAUCUGCUCAGUCGUCGUCCACGGUCUCUCCAUUCCGUUAGGCAAACUCGGCUUUUUCAUUCCCCGCACCCUCAGUACAGCGCUCUCCUUUGCUCGUACUGGAUCUACCUCUGCCGACGAACCCGAACCAGCUUUCCACAUCGAAGGUACCGAUGGCCCUACAACUGAUGCUGAAGUGCGUUUACGCCGCCGUCCUGGCUGGUCGCGCAACGGCGGCGAUUCCCUGCCCAACCGAGUUGUACGCAUUGGCAGGACUUUGAUCAGUUCGGGGACUACCUCGGCAAGUACAUCAAGAGCACCUAGUUCGGCACGCGCACCUAGCCAGAUGCCAUUGCCUAUGGGCAAUGUCAGUACCGCGGCAAGGGAUGGCGAGGACUCGCGAGUAGAUGGUGGAGCCAAUAGUAAUGUGCCGGGUGCAGAUGAGGGCGUCAUCCCUGGACGUACGAUUCGUUUCCAUGAUGAGCAACAGAAGGCCAAGAUUGCGGAAGACUAG